CAACAUCAUCAGAUGCUGGGUGCAGCCAGAGGCUUGCUUCCUUCCCAUGUAUGUGACCACCACAGUUCUCCCAGGAAGGGUGUCUUGCAUACCCUUUAAGAACAUAGGAAGCUGCCAUAUACUGAGUCAGACCACUGGUCCAUCUAGCUCAGUUUCUCUACACAGACUGGCAGCAGCUUCUCCAAGGUUAGAGGUAGGAGUCUCUCUCAGCCCUAUCUUGGAGAUACCAGGGAGUGAACCUGGAACCAGAUGCUCUUCCCGAGCGGCCUCAUCCCUAAGGGAUGCUUACACAUGUAGUCUCCCUUUCAUAUGCAACCAGGGCAGACCCUGCUUAGGAAAGGGGACAACUCAUGCUUGCUCCCACAAGACCAGGUCUUCUCCCAUUUCCUCACGAGUAAAUGGGUUUGCAUGACAUUUCCCAUGAACUAAGGCAGUUCCAUGUCUUGUUUGGACUGUUCCUGUAUUCUGCGGACUCGAGUUGAAUCAAUUGGAGCAGAAAAACAGUCUGAAAGUGGCAGCAGUCAAGACUUGACAGAUGAAGCUGCUGUAUUUUGGAGCCAAGCCACUCAAAGAGGAGUUCAACAAAUAUCAUGGUCCUCUGAUGUGUCCCAUUACGAUCUUCAGGUGGAAAUAGGAAGGGGAUUCAACAACUUAACUUCAGUCUACCUCGCACGUCAUAUCCCUACAGGAACACUAGUGGCUGUAAGGAUUACAGAUCUGGAAAGAUGUUCUGAAGAACACUUGAAAGCUUUACAAAAUGAGGUGGUGUUAUCCCACUCCUUUCGACACCCCAAUAUCAUGACUCUUUGGGCUGUGUUUACUGCUGGAAGCUGGCUUUGGAUCAUUUCUCCUUUCAUGGCCUAUAGUUCAGCCAGUCAUCUGCUGAGGACUUACUUCCCUGAAGGCAUGAGCGAAGCGUUGAUAGGAAAUAUUCUCUUUGGCGCAAUUAGUGGGUUAAACUACAUGCACCAACAUGGCUAUAUUCACAGAAGUAUUAAAGCUAGCCACAUACUGAUUUCAGGGAAUGGUGGUGUUCAUCUAUCAGGUUUAAACCAUCUUUACAGUUUGGUCAGCAGUGGACAAAGUUUAAAAACUGUGUAUGACUUCCCCCAAUUCAGUACAUCAGUGCUUCCUUGGCUGAGUCCUGAACUACUGAGACAGGAUAUUCAUGGAUAUAAUGUGAAGUCUGACAUCUAUAGUGUGGGGAUUACAGCAUGUGAACUAGCUAAUGGGCAUGUACCUUUUCAGGAUAUGCCUCGCACACAGGCAAACAUUGUAUUGCCUUUUCCCCAGAUGCUGCUGCAGAAGCUUAAAGGUCCAUCUUCUUAUCCCUGGGCUAUAAACACUUUUCCAUGUGGUGAAUCCAGGUUAAAAAAUUCCCGGUCAGGAAUUGACUCUGGAAUUGGUGAAAGCAUGACACACACAAUGACAAGUGAAAGACUACAAACGCCACCAAAAAACUUCUCUCCUGCUUUCCAUAACUUGGUAGAACUCUGUUUGCAGCAGGAUCCUGAGAAAAGGUCAAAGAACAAACAAAGGGUUCAUUGCUUUCACUGUUGCCUCCUGCCAUCCAAAACACCCAACCACAGAUACCAGCGACAUGUUCAGCAGCUCUCCGGAGUGAGUCGGGGUGUAUUUUGCCAAAUGAGAAAGAGCUGCACUGGGAAUUCUGAUACACUAGACCAUACCUCUGCUUUGUAUCUCUGGAAAAAUGUGAUUUCUCUGCUGCUUUUCCUUUUAAUGGUCAAAACACAAAUAUUAGUAUACUUGAAAAAAGUGAGUAUUUUGUACAGAUGUUAUAAGGGAAGGAAAACUAUUUCCAAGUGAUAGUAUGUGAAUACAAUAGCCCUUGAAUUGGCAGAAGAGUCCACACACUCUCAAGCAUCUUCUCUCUUUUCUUAUGGACUGAAUUAGAAUGGUGCAUACUUGAUGCUAAAACUCUAGCUUAGUAUAGCACCUGUGGUACCUCCUAUGCUACUUUUUAAGUGUUCAUUAAAAAAAAAUUCUCAGAAUUUCUUCUUUUGACGUAUUGUUAAACUUCUUUAUAGGGAGAUUAUAAUACACACAUAUAAACAUUUUCUUUUAAAAGUAGUGCUUUUUCCUGCUUACAAAAAUUUGAUGAUUUACAAACCUCUGAAGGAUCUUAUGCCACUUGUCCUCCAACAGCUGUUGGUGUAGCCAUCACUGUACCCUGAGGACAGCUGUGAUCUUUUAACACAAAGUAUUUAUCAGACCUCUUCACAAUACUUAAUCCAGAACCAAUAAUUUGCUUAAUGGUAUCAAAUAUAGGAGCCUGUAAGUACUUGAAUAUAUUCUUUCUUGCUUAUCAGUCCAUGGCUCUGAUGAUAAUUGGCAUUACACUGUUCAGGGCAUAUACCUAGCUGGCCUUGAAAUAAGCAGUAUUUCAGACUGUAGGACUUUAAUGCAGAUAAAGGAAACUAUAUAACUGCAGAAAGCAAUAAUGAAAGGCUGAUUGAGCCACAUAGAUGGAAACCUUGAAUACAAGGGAUACAUAAAACAGCACAUGACUAUUGGAAGUACACUGCUGCAAACAUUUUUCUAGAAGUCAAGAGAUUCUUAAGAUGACAUUAAGCUUUGCACCUUUUUAAUUUUUUGAUGUGCCUUUCAUUGAGAGGGGAAAGAUGAGCCUGAAUGACAAACACAAUGAGAAGCAACAAUAAAAAGGUCCGACUGAUAGGAAACAAGACUGCUUCCUGUUCCCCUAGUACUGUGAAUGACUGAAUAAACAUGACCUUAACCAAAAAUUUUGCGCUCUCAGAGCAUGUGAUUUAGGGAUAGAGGAUUUUAAUAUGAAUAUAUUUACAAACUAUAUUUGAUUAAUAUACAUUCUAUUUGAUAUCAUGUAAAAGAUUGUUAGCUUUAUCUUUAAGUGUGUAACCUCACAAAACUGCAUCAGUGACGUGAUGCAAUUAGUAUCACAAGUCUUCUUCUGACUAGGAAACUACUGAAGUAAAAUUGUAUUAGUCGCCAACCCUACUCUGAUAAAUGUAAAUGUGUAACUGGAAUAAAAUGUGCUUCUUAUUUAAAGAAAGUUGUUUGACUUAGCUCAUCUUUUUUUGAUGGUAUUUUUAUGUCAUGUUAAUCAGACUAAAAUUACUAUGAGACCAAAACACCCAAUUAUAGAAUACCUCAACCAGUUAAUUUCAAUUGACAGUUAAAAUAUUCUUAUAGUAAAAAGAGAAAUUUAAGUAAGAACUUCUACUCAGGCCCUAUUAAUUUGUACAUAUAUCCUUAAGUGCUGUAAAUAUACAUAUUUCCUGUUGAGAUAACUAUCAAACAAUUAACAGUUUCUUUUUAUUACCGGUAAUUACUCCAGCAACCUUUUCAAACUGUGGUAGGAGAAUGUGAGUGUUCCUUUUUAUGAUUUGUUUUGCAAAGCAGGAGAAAAAAAAUUGUGUACUAACUAUUCCCUAGUACUGUGAGUUGUUAACUGUGAUCUAAUAAAAAGGGUUUGAUUUGCAUUA